GGUUCUCUCUGCUAUUGAUUAUUCGGGUCUACUCUGUUUAUCUGUGUGCAAUGGCCGACAGCAGCAUGGGGACUGAAUCUGCAGACCAAAAUCAAGGGAACCCUUAUCUCUACCGACGGAGAACCAGAUGUUCCCCGGAGGAAGACGCGAAACUGGAAAGAGAACAUUUCUGGAGAAUCAUCAACGUGUUUAAAUAUUACAGGAUUUAUGUCGAUGAGCGGCUAAAGCGGUGCGAGAGGCAGUUCCUGAGUCUUCCUCGCCGCCAUCAGCAGCUCCUCUCCGGGUACCUGGAUAAGCUAGCUGAGAUCCGACGCUGCAUGGAGUGCAACCACAAGGUCCUGCAGGCCAUCGUCCAGAACUGCACACACAUGUUCGAGAACAUGGAGUAUGACGAGGAUGACAAGAGGCGAGCCGGGCCGUCUUCUACGUUUGACAUGGACAAGCUGAAGUCCACCAUAAAGCAGUUUGUACGGGAUUGGAGCGAAUCAGGCAAAGCAGAGAGAGAUUCCUGCUACUUGCCCAUCAUUGAGGAGAUACAGAAACAGUUUCCUCCUGAAAAGUGUGAGGUCUCUGAGGUGAAGGUCUUGGUUCCUGGAGCUGGUUUGGGCCGUCUAGCGUGGGAAAUCGCCAACCUGGGUUACGCCUGCCAGGGCAACGAAUGGAGCUUCUUCAUGCUUUUUUCCUCCAACUUUGUUCUUAACAGGUGCGAGAAGGAGAACGCUCUGACGUUGUAUCCUUGGAUUCACCAAUUCAGCAACAACAAGAUGUCCGGAGACCAGACCAGAGCCGUGACCUUCCCAGACGUUAACCCCAACGAUCUUCCGCCUGAUUGCGACUUCUCAAUGACGGCUGGCGAUUUCCAAGAAGUCUAUACGGAUCCGGACAUGUGGGAUUGUGUAGCCACCUGCUUCUUUAUCGACACCGCACACAACGUCAUCGAAUAUAUAGAGACCAUCUGGAACAUUCUUAAACCUGGUGGUAUUUGGAUCAACCUGGGUCCUCUUCUGUACCAUUUCGAGAACAUGGCUAAUGAGCUGUCCAUCGAGCUAACCUACGAAGAAAUGAAGGAGGCCAUCAUCAAAUGUGGCUUUGUGCUAGAGGAGGAGAGAGAGUCAGUGCUCACUACAUACACAGAGAAUGAACGCUCCAUGCUCAAGUACUUGUACGAUUGUGUGUUUUUUGUGGUGCGGAAACCCGCCGUCUUACACGCCAACCCGGAAAACUGUGAAGACGGCGAGAUAAAAAUCUCAGUACAGAACAGAACCUACAACGACAUGACCUCAGAGAACGUGUUCGAGCCUUUAAACAUUAAGUUGUUUUAUUAGCUCGAAAAUAGGAUUAGAGACUUUUUGUACAUUUCUCUGUGUUUGGGUGCUUUUUAAAUACGCUGUUGUCAACGCUGUUGAGGAAGCAGGUUAUUAAUUGCCAGUGUACGAUGAUGAAGAAAAAAAAAAGGUGAUGUAUAUCUACAACCUCUUAAAACUUCUUGUUGAACAGGGUAAAGCUGACAGCCUGGAUAUGUGACAAGAAUUGAGUAAAGACCAAGUCGAUGCGAGUGUGUUGUAAAACACAGCAUUUUUGGCAAAAAUCCAUGAAGUAGGUACACAGCACACAGUAUGUACAUUACAUUACAUUGUAGCACUGAUCAAAUCAUCCAAGUCAGUCUGCUUUUUAUUACUAAGUCACCAACGUUUUAGGUUCUUAAGGGUUAAAAAUCCGCUUUGAAGUUCGGAAUCAAUUCCAGGAGUAGUAUUAUCAGUACAUUUACCACUUAAAGCCUGGCCUUCAACAGCUAAUGUUACACUUUACAUUAAAGCAGCUAAUUUACCGGUGUUAAGACAUUUAUGUUAAACUGGCGUCUGAAUGCAGUGCACUACGGGAACACGUCACAAUCAACUGACCACUGAGUUAUGCUCUAUAAACACACUAAAGAUGUCAUAACCAAAAUAUUCUGAACAUCUGACCAUCACAUACACACACAUGCUUUUAAAAACUC